AUAUGUCGCACCCGUCCCCUCUCGCCCGGCCCAGCAAGCCCUGCAACCCCCGCACGUUCUUCGAUGUGGACAUCGGGGGCGAGCGAGUUGGACGCAUUGUCUUUGAACUAUUUGCUGAUGUUGUACCUAAAACUGCUGAAAAUUUUCGUGCGUUAUGUACGGGAGAGAAAGGAACAGGGGCUACCACUGGAAAACCUCUCCAUUAUAAAGGAUGUCCUUUCCACAGAAUUAUUAAGCAGUUUAUGGUCCAGGGUGGCGAUUUUUCAAACCAAAAUGGCACAGGUGGAGAAAGCAUAUAUGGUGAAAAAUUUGAAGAUGAAAACUUUCAUUAUAAGCAUGAUAAGCCAGGGCUGCUGAGCAUGGCAAAUGCAGGACCUGGUACUAAUGGUUCUCAGUUCUUUAUUACAACGGUGCCUACUUCUCACCUGGAUGGGAAGCAUGUGGUGUUUGGCCAAGUGAUCAAAGGAAUGGGUGUAGUUAAAAUGUUAGAAAACGUUGAAGUAAAAGGAGAAAAUCCUGCUAAGUUGUGCAUCAUAGCAGAAUGUGGAGAGCUGAAGGAGGGAGAUGACUGGGGAAUUGUCCCCCAGGAUGGAUCUGGAGAUGCUCAUCCAGAUUUUCCUGAAGAUUCAGACAUUGACUUGAAGGAUGUUGACAAGAUUGUGGUCAUAGCAGAAGACAUAAAGAAUAUAGGAAAUACUUUCUUCAAAUCGCAAAAUUGGGCAGUGGCAGCUAAAAAGUAUAGUAAAAGCUUACGGUAUGUAGAAGCUUCUGAAGAAGUGGCAGAGGAGGCAGACAAACCAAAGUUAAAGCCUAUUGCUUUGAGCUGUGUUUUAAACAUUGGCGCUUGUAAACUAAAACUGUUGGAUUGGCAGGGAGCUGUUGAAAGUUGUUCAGAGGCUCUUAAAAUAGACCCAGCAAGUACUAAAGCUCUCUACAGACGGGCUCAAGGAUGGCAGGGAAUGAAAGAAUUCGAUCAGGCAUUGGUAAUGAUUACAGUACCCACUUUUUCAUUUUUUCUUAAAACUAAAUAUUCAACCAGAAUAUUAAUUUAUACUUCUCUUUUAUUUCAGGCUGAUCUUAAAAAGGCUCAUGAAAUAGCCCCUGAAGAUAAAGCUAUCCAGACAGAAACACUGAAAAUCAAGCAGAAGAUAAAAGCCGAGAAGGAGAAAGAGAAGGCAGCUUAUGCUAAAAUGUUUGCUUGAUUUUUUUUUCCCUAAACUUCUGAAUCUAUGCACUAACUCAUGCAAAAGGAUAAAUGGAACAGCUUCUCUCACUCGCCCUGUACUGCAGUUCUUGGUGUUUACAACUCUGAAGUCUAAUAAUAAAGACCAACUCUUCAGAGGUGA